AUGGCCUCCUUCCUGACUAUCAAUGAUGACUGCCUUUGCAGAAUUAUUUCCUUUUUGGACGAUCCGAUUUCGUUUCACAGCGUUGCUGUCUCCUGUAAGAGGGUUCAACAGGUGAUUAACAACACUCGGAGCAUUCUCCAUCCAAAGUUGCUGCGAGUAAAAGCUGAAUAUUACAUAAAAUGCUACCUUGUGGAAAUCACCGAUGAUGAGAGCGACUAUGGCUACAACAAGUUUAGCGAUUUGGAAGAUAUUUUCUCCAAUGCUGCGCGCCUUACAGCAGCUAAGGAAUUCCUUACUUAUGCAAAAGUAGUAAAUGCUUGGAAGAGAAACGGACCCGUGGCAGCUAAAUUAUUGACAUGGAUCAGAAAUCAGGAGAGUAGCACAGAAGAAGACGAACUGGGAGAGACUUGUUUUACCGAAUAUCUAAGUGUCACGUUGCAUUUGCCAGGCUGUGACAAGGACUUAAGGAUCGAUACCACCAUCUUUUACGAUCACAGCGGUGAUAACGACGGCGAGUUGACCAUCCAAGUAACUUGUGGAGAUUUGGAUGUAAAGUCAAAAGGCAGAGUACCAUUUUGUGAGAGUUACAUCCGCUAUUGCCCUAGCGAUUAUGAGUUUUGGAAAGAAAAAGAAGUUCAAGCAGUAGUUAAACCAAUGAAACCAGUCGUGGAACUCCUGCAGAAGGAGCUUGGUGAGACAGUUCCUCCGAUGACAAACAAUUUUUUUGUCUGGUUGUGUUACUUCUUUCCACACCAGAGAACCUUGGCAACAGAACACAAGCUUAGUUUUGAAGACCCAUCUAGGAAUGAAACACCCACCCCUGAGGAUGUUCAGCCAGCUAUAGAUCUGUUUCAUCAGAACCUUCAAGCUGAUACCAGCUUGAAAAACUUGGUUUCUGGAUGGAAUGAUCCUGAUUCAAACCUCUCCAGUCUGAUUGCCCAAAUUAUGGCUGUCUUGAUCCAGAGAUCAGAGACAGAAUUCUUUGAAAAGCUUCAAAGGGAUACCAAUGUCUUUUAUGAGAUUGCAUCAGACCUUAAGCAGAAGCUACUCCCCAAACCACUGGUGCAGGACUUACUUUUGCGAACAGAGCUUGUGUCUAGUGAUUACGACCCUGGUUCAAUUGCAGACAAGUUUGUACAAGGUGAAGCUUCAUUCAGGUUUUCAGGAGGUAAAGUCGUGACAGCUGUAGGUGGCAUGCAUGGGGAUGGGGCAAGUUCCCCUUCUUGGAGUGAAUUGGAGCUUACAGUCACCCUACCAGAUGGCAAAUUAUUGGAGCUGGAUGCAACCUGCAGAUAUUGGAGUGAACCUCUUCAAGUUGAAAUGUUGAGUCCAGUUACUGAGCUAUUUCAGCAGAGUGUAAAUAAAUGCAUGGAAGGAGAGGAGCACAUCCCCAAGUUAGAUGACCACUUUACAGCCUCUUAUCUUUUGCAUGCCAUGAAGUUUGGCACAGAAGAUCUAACAUUCCUUUGAAGAAAAGACAUGACAAGAAUCUGAUCCAUACAUAGUCUAGUGAGGAAGGAUCAUAUGAGGAGAGUGAAGAGGAACAUAGUGAUGAACAGUAAACUUUUCACCUACUUUAUGACUUUAAACAGUAUUUUAAUCAUAAGGACAGUUGAAACUAGUCAACAUAACAGUGCAAGGACUGUGACUGUAUUAACAACCUCAGGAAAUGUACUGAGAACAGUAUGGAGAAGAUGCAUACCGAUAAUGGUUUAAAGGGUUAAUGUCAGUUUUGCAGCUUUGUUUAUUUUAGUCUUCCCCCAUAGGGAUUGACGUACAUCAGCCAAAAUCUUUCAUUUGGGUGAUAACACUUUUCAGCACAGUCUUACAGUUAUUUGGCCUUUUAGUUCAUUUAACACAGAAAAGUAAAGAAUAUAAACAUUUUAUAAAUUUUAUUAAUUCAAGGAUCUUGUUUAGGUUGACAAAACUCAGAUAUUGGAUAUAGUUCUCACUCUCAUGAUUUAGUAUCAUCAACUGGGUCGAUAACAUAAAUUGGCCACUGUAAAGAGUUUCAAAGUUGAUGUUUCAAGCAUCAGAGCCCUUUGUCAUUUGCUCUGACAAAGGGCUAAUGCUCAAAAUAUCAGUUUUGAAACUCAUUAUGAUGGCCAAUUCAUGUGAUCAACUCAGUUGAUAAUA